GUCAUUAAGUUAAAUAAUUAACGAUGGAACUUUUGCUCCCACACCCUUCAAACUCAUCUCCUCUGACUGUUCUCGGUUUCUUGGACCGAGCCGCCGCCGUUUACGGUGACUCUCCUUCCCUCCUCCACGAUACCACCACCCAUACUUGGUCUGAAACCCACUCUCGAUGUCUCCGAGUCGCUUCGACUCUAUCUUCCUCCUCCCUCGGAAUCAACCGUGGCCAAGUUGUCUCCGUUAUUGGUCCCAACGUUCCUUCUGUCUACGAGCUUCAGUUCGCGGUUCCAAUGUCUGGAGCAGUCCUCAAUAACAUCAACCCUCGUUUAGACGCUCAUGCACUCUCGGUUGUUCUACGUCACAGUGAAUCCAAGCUCGUUUUCGUCGACCAUCACUCGAGUUCUUUAGUCCUCGAAGCUCUCUCGUUCUUGCCCAAGAAUGAGAAGCCUCGUCUCGUCCACCUCCAAGAUGACAGCAACAUAUCCGGCUUAACCAAUAUGUCGGCCUCUUCGUCUGCUGACGUGGAUUUUCUCGACACUUACGAAGGUGUAAUGGAGAGAGGAGACCCGAGGUUCAAGUGGGUCCGUCCUAACAACGAGUGGAACCCAAUGGUGCUUAACUACACUUCCGGAACGACGUCGUCUCCUAAAGGUGUGGUACUUAGUCACAGAGCAGUUUUCAUGAGUACCGUUAACUCUUUGCUCUACUGGUCUAUGCCUAACCGACCAGUCUACCUAUGGACCCUACCGAUGUUCCACGCCAACGGUUGGGGCUACACAUGGGCCACAGCUGCUGUGGGGGCCACAAACAUUUGUGUCCGAAGAGUAGACGCUCCGACCAUUUUCGAGUUGAUCGACAAGCAUCAAGUGACUCACAUGUGCGCCGCGCCGAUGGUUCUCAACAUGUUGACUAACUAUCCAUCUAGGAAACAGCUUAAACGGCCGGUCCAGAUUAUGACAGCUGGAGCUCCACCUCCGGCCACGGUCAUUUCAAGCGCCGAGAGUCUAGGUUUUGAUGUGGCUCACGGUUACGGGCUGACAGAAACUGGUGGUCUAGUUGUCACAUGUGCGUGGAAGCCGGAGUGGGACGGGCUAGGACAAGACGAGAGAGCGAGACUGAAGUCAAGGCAAGGAAUCAGAACCGCGGUAUUCGCGGAAGCUGACGUGUUGGACACGCUAACGGGAAAGAGCGUGAAGCACGACGGAGUAACUGUGGGAGAGAUUGUCUUCAGAGGUGGUUGUGUCAUGUUGGGUUACUACAAUGACCCGGAAGGGACCGCCGCGAGUAUGAGAGAAGACGGAUGGUUCUACACUGGAGACAUUGGUGUGAUGCACCCGGACGGUUACUUGGAAGUCAAGGAUAGGUCAAAAGAUGUGAUCAUAUGUGGAGGAGAGAACAUAAGCAGCACGGAAGUUGAGACGGUUUUGUACACGAACCCGGCGGUUAAGGAAGCAGCUGUGGUGGCUAAACCGGAUAAGAUGUGGGGAGAGACUCCUUGUGCGUUUGUGAGCUUGAAGUGUAGUGAUGGUGGGUCAGUUACUGAGAGAGAGGUAAGGGAGUUUUGUAAGAAGAAGCUACCAAAGUAUAUGGUUCCAAGGAAUGUGGUUUUCAUGGAGGAGCUUCCAAAGACUUCUACUGGAAAGAUUCAGAAGUUCCUGCUCAGACAAAUGGCCAAGUCUUUGCCUUGAUUGAAACACACAAUCUUAUAACACUGUACGGUUACCUAAAGUACAAGUCUCUGGUUCAUUACUUUGUUUCUAUUUUCUUGUCGCCGAUCACUAAAGGUUUGUCCGGUUCAUAGCUUUAUUUGGUUCAAGUA